UUGGGCCACACGGUCGCCGCUGACGCCGACGACGCGCCGAGACGGUUCUCUGUUGUUGCGUUGUACUCGCGCCGUACACUCUGUUGCUUAGUGUACGGGACGACGACGGCGGCGACGGCCGACGCGAACGGGCACGACGCUUUUUAAUGAUGAUGGUAUAUCAGUUCGUCGUGGUCCGCUACUACGCCGCGACCGUAUCGGCGGUCGCCACCGGGUGAUUGGCCGGACGACGUCGAGGAAGACGCUGAGAUAAUAAUUAUACACUGUACCGGCACACUGUAUACAGACACACCGGAAGUCCGGGGUCGUCUAGCUACCGUAUAGCACCGGAAACGCGAUAUCCACGCGGUCACGACGGCCACCACCGUCGCCUCCUCACAAUACAGAAAUACAUCAAAGCACGGAAAAACUUCAUCAACAUAGCCUCACUGUAACAUAAACUCAACAAAGAAAACAUAGAAGAAGUGCGUGUCCGUUGGGAUGUGACGCCGGGUGGACGAGAGCAUCGUGCGCGUGAUUAGCUGGGUAGCUGGGUGUGCUAUGCUAGCCGCCCGCAACGUUCUGCUCCUGUUGGUGGCCGGUUCGUUUAUCGCCUCGUCGGUCCUCGCUCUACCGCAAGACAAAGUCACAGAGAAAAAAUUUGGUGACAAAUGUGAAUCCAACGACGACUGUCAUUUCAACGGGUCAAUAUGUAGAAUUGACCGGAGCAACAAAAAAUGUCUGUGUCAACCCGAAUUUGAGGCCACCAACCACAUAGACAAAUGCGGACACAACGUAGCGAUUAACAAACCGUGUUUUUUCAACGAGCAAUGUGAGAACCUCGUAUUCCAAACAGAGUGCAGAGAUGAUGUUUGCGCUUGCCGGUUCGAGAGGACUCCGGUGUUUCAAACAGAUGGAUCAGUCCAAUGUAUUGCCAAGAACAAUUCCAACUCCGAACCUUAUACUGAUCCAGCAAUGCUGUGCGUGUUGGCUGGGAUGUGUUUAAUGUUCAUAAUUAUAUGCGUAGUACUGAGAUUGUUUAGCAAGGCACGUUGGAGAGAAAACCGUACGAUAUUCAACACGCCCAACCCGAGAUUGAUGAACGUGUCGCUAUUGAGAGACAACAAACCGCCGCCCGGAGCAGCCGGCGAACGUAGAGGUAGCAAAUCCAGUACAAAGACCCAUUCCCCUUCGAGACAACCAAGCAUGGCCUCGUUGAAGCCCCAUUCGCCUUCUUUAGGUCGCGGAGUUCGGGGCAACAACAACGGCGGAAACGCAGAAACCGUAAGGUCUCCGACGACCAAAAGUCCCGUGGCACUUCCGGCGGAACCAAAAACAUCUGUGGCUGUGGACAUACAGCCCGACGUGUGAAUCUUGACAUCGAACAAUAUAACAAUAUAAUAUGCCUGCGUUGCGUCACGGUGUAUUUAAUGCUUAAAACAGGUGUCAGGACAUCGCAGACAAUGAUUUUAUUUUUAAACAAAGUUAUUCUUCUUCUUUCUACUUUAUCCGCAAAUGGGCUUGAUUGCUUUUGGGACCACGGCUAAUGGUUUAUUAAUUUUUCAAUAAUAUUCGAACAUAAUAAUAAUAAUAUGUAUCUAAACAUAAUAUAAUGUUAUUAUAAUUAUAUUACAUUAUUAUGAUUUUUAAACAUCUCUUUAAAAAUAUAUAUAUAUUUAUGAUAUAUAUCGAUAAAUCGCAAUGACUGCGUGCUAUAUUUUUAAAAUUAUUUUAAUACUUGGAACUCACGAUGCUUAGAAUACGUAGUACGAAGCACUUGGCAAUAUUAGCCGAGAGCUAUAUUCUUCACACAGUAAAAAUAUUUUACAACAUGAAUUUGUAUUACUUAAAUAUUUAAAAUAAUAAAAUAAUUUAACGUACUUAUUAUAAUAAUUAUUAUGCUAUGAACUCUGCAUUCAUAUAAGUAUAAUAUAAUAUAUACAUAUAAAUCAUAUUAUACACAAUAUAAAUAUAUAUUUAAUUCUUAGACUCACGAAAUUUAAAAAUAUUCGUAACUAUAACUAAUACACAUUUUUUUUUAUUAACUAUAAUAUCAUUAUAUAAUUACUUACAUAUACGACGUAUCAUCCAUCAAUUAACAAUGUAUAGAUUUUUUUUUCAAUUUCGUUUAAGUAAUCUAAGUAUUGUAAGUAUAAAUUUAAAAACUUUUUAAAUAAGUUUAUAUUAUAUAUAAUAUUUAUAAUAUUUAAUUAUAUACAUAAACCUAGCGCGUAAUUUCGUUUAAGUAGGGUAGGUUAUCGUUAUAACAAUAAAUUAUGAAUAAUAAUAAUAAUAUAAGUAUAACAAGACAUUUUUUAUUCUUUAGAUUGUAAGUUAAUAUUAUACAUAAAAAAUUAUAAUAUAUAUAAACGAUAAUAGUGUUAGGACGUAUUACAUGUAUUUAUUUCUAUAAAUACAUUUCAGAAAGGCGAUAUGGACUCACCAUUAUUUUUAACCGUUUACAGGGAUCUAAGGUGGAUCUCGAGACUUGAGAAAACAGAGGGAAGGUUUUCUCGAGUUCAAAAACGCCUUAGAACUUGUAAGCGUAAAAUUGAAAUAAAAAUAACGGUUUUUUCUUACCGCUUUUCGUAAUUUGUAAUUAUUGCCAUCAAUAGAUAUUAAUUACAUUAUAUCUUUAGAAUAAAAUGGUAGAUGUUAAAAAAUAUUCAAACUACAUUAAUUAUAUUUUGUCCUUAAGAUUUUACCCUAAUUUAUUAAUUAAUAAUACAUGUUCGCAAUAAACUGCUCAAUAAAUUUAGACGUUUCAAAAGAGCAGCUUGCUUUUAUAAAUGUAAUAUUUUGUUCACGUUACAUUUUUUGUCCCUUUGUGAUAAAUACUAAAACUUUCUAUUUAGUUACUUUACAUGUCAAAUUAAUCUUAAACAACCAUGUAUAUUGUUUCUUUAAACUCAAAUUUGUUUAGACUAAGAUUAAAAGCACUUUCACAAUAUUUUGUUUUUUACAUUGUAUUUACAAUUAAUUUAUAAUACCUAUUAUACCUACUAGUGAUA